GUCAGAUUCAACUCUCAGUUCAUAUUCGACUCUAUCUCUCAUCUUUUCAAGAGAAUGGCCAGUUUUAAGUGGCUGCUUGUCGGUGUUGUCUUUGGUUCGCUGGCUGUAGCAAAUCCUCUGCCUGUGCCGGAGGCCGACCACCUUCAGGCUCGUCAAUCCCCCACCGAUGCGAAUGAUAUUAUGAGCGGUCUUUGCAAGGACUUCACCUUGAUCUUUGUUCGUGGAUCCGGGGAAGUGGGCAACAUGGGCGCGGUCAUCGGCCCUCUUCUCUGCGCUACGCUGAAAGAGCGAAUCAGUCCGAAUCAAGUUGCCUGCCAGGGUGUCGAUGGCAUGUACACCGCCAGCUUCCCUCAAAACUGGCUUUCUCCGAACACGGAUGCGAAAUCCAUCGCGUCAGCGGCCACCAUGCUCGAGCUGGCGACUACCAAGUGCCCGAACACUCAGGUAGUGGCGGGUGGAUACAGUCAAGGCACCGCCGUCAUCGACUACGCAAUUCAAGACGUCAAGCACGAGGUCCGCAACAGGAUCAAUGGGGUGGUGCUGUUCGGGUACACGCGCAACAUCCAGGACCGCGGGGGCAUCCCGGGCUACCCGCAGGACCGAACCAAGGUGUAUUGCGCACCGGGCGAUGUGGUGUGCGACAAUAUCUUGAUUGUAACGCCGCCUCAUACGACGUACGGUUUGUACGCAAAAGAUGCAGCAGAGUUUCUGGCGUCGAAGGUGAAUCAAUCUAACUAGGUGGUUGUGAGUGUUCAAAGAGAGGUUGUAUGAGUUCAGGCUUGGACUUUUGACUUGUUGUUUGUGGCUCAGAUAGACUGUUGCUUGCUUGCUCCGCAAAUUGAUGAGAUGGGAAGUGGGCGUUAGAGCUUUGCCUAUGCAAAUUGGUUAUGUAUACCGUGCUCAUUCAAUUGAAGCUAUAUGAUA